CUCAUUUGUGACGGGGACAGCCUGCUGUGGACACACCUCACCUCUGAGAAUCUGGGACCUUGAGAGUGGUCAGCUGUUGACCUGUUUAGGGACUGACUUCCACCGUGGAGCUGGAGUCCUUGAUGUCUUCUAUGAAACGCCCUCCCUUCUCCUUUCUUGUGGGUAUGACACCUACAUCCGCUACUGGGACAUACGGACCAGCACCAGGAAGUGCGUCCAGGAGUGGGAAGAGCCCCAUGACAGUGCCCUGUACUGCAUAAGGAGUGAUAAGAACCAUAUGAUUGCCAGCGGCUCUUCUUACUACGGCGUGGUGCGCCUCUGGGAUAAGCGGCAGACCCAGUGCCUGCAGAGCUUUCACCUGUCCUCACCCACCAGCAGCCCAGUGUACUGCCUCCGUUUCAGUACCACCCAUCUGUACGCUGCCCUGGCAUCAGCCCUGCACGUCCUAGACUUCACGGCCCAGUGAGGGGCACCACAGCUGCUUCUGGUCACCCCAACUCAGCAGAGUUGACACUUGGCUCAGGGAAUCGCAGGGCAGGAGAGGUGAGAAUGGCCCCCAAGGCUUCUGAAGGGAUUUUUUGCCUGCCAGAAAGCUACAUUGAAGAGUGCACAAAGGGCCAGACUUUCUCAACCUCACCUGCCCAUUAGUGGAAAUAAAGGCCGACUGUCCUUUACCCUUUUUAUUUUGUGCAAGUCAGGGUUUGUUUAAUUAACUGUGUUCUUUUUUUCUUUUUUUUUUUCUUUUUUCUGUGGAUACAGCAUUUGAGGGGCAAGUUGAGCCAGGAUGCCCUGUCAGCUGUGUGUGCUGGUCAG